AUGAGAAGAUUUAGGAUAGUUGGAUUGUUUGUGCUAGCUUUUACGGCAGGAAUCGUUGGGAUUGUGUGUUCUGGUGGGCAUAAUAUAGUUCAUGAUAUAAUGUAUAAUUAUCAGCCAAAAAUUGGUGCUUCAGGAAAUUACUCGAUAGAAGGGGCUGAAGCUAAUAUUGAAUAUUGGUAUGGAUGGCCGGCUAAACACAAGAUAGACCAAUGUUCUUUGAUUUGGCUGAAAUUGAAGAAGGAUAGUAUUGGGGCAUCGGAUGCUACCGCCAUUUGUGCUGAUCUUCGUAAACUGAUUAGCAAACUACCGAUUGAGGAACUACCAAUUAAUUCCCUUGGGAUUGAAUGGUGUAACUCAAUAGGUGAUGGAGUUAAAUGCUUAGAUGCAACCAAAUACAAUGAAAUAUUUAAGCUAGCUAGAACUCAAAAGGAUCGCCUAAAUAUAAUCCUAUUGAACGCGCCACUGUUUUACAUCCCAACUGUCCCGCAAGAAGAAAAGGCAAUUCAGGAUGCCAAGGCUAUUAUCGAUAUGGUUGUGAGCAUUAAUCACUUUCACAAUAUUUAUGAAGUAUGUUGUCUCGUAAAGGAAUGUGCUGAUCCCGAACGGAUACCUAAUCUUGCAGAAUUACCCUCUUUAGUUCCAAAGGAAUACUUAGCUAAUUUUACUACUGUGAUAGCUGAUCCGUCCGUUAAAAAAGCUGUCAUGCUCGUGAAUACGAUGGAUGAUUUGGAAUCCGAUGAAGCUCCGGUGUAUGAGUUGCGUCAGUGUUUUUAUUUACCGCAUGUUAACAUAGAUAAGAUUAGCUUGCCACCCAAUACUAUUAUUCCUUAUUUAGAGAUCUGGGUUAAUAAUUGGGAAGAGGUCCUAAAAAGCACUUUGGGGGUAAUAGAUGCCGCCCUAUUAUUUAAUGCCAAUAUUGCCAUAGGAGUUCGGGAAGAAAAAGUGAACGUAUGGAUUCUAGCCGAUAUGGAAAUCGUCGGUGUCGACAAGAUAAUUUGGAAACUUGAAGUCUAUGACGAUUGCGAGCCAACCAACCAACUCUACCCACCAGCUAUAUUCUCAAUCCUUCGUCGUUUCCUUUCAGCCAUCGGAAUAGACCGUAUCUCAGAACAAGUCAAGUAUCUCACCAUCAAUACCACCGACUAUACCCCAAUGUUCACCGGAAAGGAAUUCAACCCAUGCUACAAGGAAUACUUCUCCCUAACCAGAGUCCAAACUCUAUUAGACCCCUCCUAA